AUGGCUACAGAGAAGAAGCAAAGAAAAACGGAAGACGAAAACCGCGAAUUUAAAGUUGAAUGGACCGAGGCGUUCGCCUUUACUCAAAACUUAAAUGGCCUUCCGACCUGUCUUAUUUGUCAGGAAACGCUGGCGCAUAACAAGAAAUCCAACGUGGAGAGACACUUCACAACCAAACACGUGUCAUUUAGUGUUAACUAUCCUGUCGGCGAGGCAAGGAAGAAGGCAGUUGAGGAACUUCGGAAGAGUCAGGAAAAACCACCCUCUGUAUUUAGUUACAGGAUGCAAUCUUCCAACAAUGUUAAUAUUGCAAGUUUUGUGGUUAGUCAAGAGAUUGCCAAGAGAGGAAAACCCUAUACAGACGGCGAAUACAUCAAAAGUUGUUUUAUAAAGGCCUCGGAAGAGCUAUUUCGGGAUUUUAAGAACAAAGCAGAUAUUCUGAGAAAAAUCAAAGAGUUACCACUGUCUGCAAAAACAGUGAAAGACAGAACAGUCAAAAUGUCUUCAAAUAUAACCGACCAGCAAGUCGAAGAUCUUAAACUGGCGUCAGCUUUAUCCAUAGCGGUGGACAAGUCUUGUCACAUCAAUGAUACAGCGCAAGUGUCCCUUUUUGUACGAUUUAUCUCACCCACCGGUCCCAAAGAAGAACUUUUAGGAUUAUUGCCGCUCAAAGGCCAAACACGUGGAGAGGAUAUAGCGAAUGCUGUCAUUGAGUGCAUUGAAAAGCAUCACAUUCCCAUCGAUAAAAUUGUCUCGGUUUCAACAGACGGGGCGGAAAGUAUGACCGGCGUAAGAAACGGGUUUGUUGCCAUUUUGAAAGAAAAAAUCAGUCACGAGAUACUUACUUACCAUUGCAUCCUUCACCAAGAAGCGCUUUGUGUGCAGACAUUUCCAGAAGAAAUUUGCAAAGUUAUGGAACUGGUGAUUAACAUUAUCAAGUCCAUUAUAACGAAAGCUCUUCACCACCGCCAAUUUCAAGAAUUUUUAUUUGAAAUGGAGAGUGAGUACGCAGAUCUGCUACUGCAUAACAGGGUUCGCUGGUUAUCAAGGGGAAACGUUUUGAAACAUUUUGCUUUCUUAUUAACAGAAGUUAAAGCAUUUCUCCUGGAGAAGGGUGUUCACUACCCAGAACUAUCGGACGAUCAGUGGAUCCAAAAAUUUUAUUUCAUGGUCGACGUUAUGUCUCAUCUAAAUCAGCUUAAUCGUAAUCUACAGGGGAAAGGAAACACAAUCUUUUCGAUGUUGGAAGAAGUGAUUUCUUUCGAAAACAAAUUAUCUCUUUUUGCUCAAGAUUUUGAAAGAGAAACUUUGAUUCACUUUCCAAGCCUGCUGAAACAUCGCCAAGAAAGUAAUUCCGACAUUGACAUUUGCUAUUUCAAAACAACACUUUUAAAUAUGAGAGAAGCUUUUCUCCACAGGUUUCAGGAAUUCAGAGACAGCAAAGCGACGUUAGCCUUUGUGAAAAAACCUCUUGAUGCUUCUGUCACAGAAUUAAAUUUUUCUCCCUUUAAUAUCGACAUUGGCGACUUUGAGAUGCAGUUGCUGGAUUUAAAAAACAAAGAAUUGUGGAGCUCGAAAUUUGUACGUCUUUGUGCUGAUAUGGAAAUAUUGGAGAAAAACAAAUGUGAACUCAGUGCACGGCACAGGUGGUCUGCUCUGAAAGACCUGGAGAAGGAAGACAUGCUGAUUUUUAACACCUGGAACAGUAUUCCUGACUCAUACCAUCAACUGAAAAAACUAGCGUUUGCUGUUCUGUCCUUAUUCGGGUCUACCUAUUUGUGCGAACAAUCAUUUUCAAGCAUGAACCUUAUCAAGAGUAGAUUGAGAAAUCGUCUCAUUGAUGAGAACCUGGAAUCGUACCUAAAAUUAAAAACAACAACGUACAAACCUGACUUGCCCAAACUUUCCAAGGAGAUGCAAGGCCAUUGUUCACAUUAG